AUGGCAUCAUCCAAUGAUUUGUUUGAUAUGUUAAAUAUCCAAAAGAAAAAUUCGGAAUCACCAGUUCCAAGUAGCGCAAACUCAAAGAAAAAGCAAUUAACUCCUAAAAUACCUGUACCACCAAUGACAGGCUUACAACGAGAGUUGUACAGCUUAUUGGGGGAUAGUUUACCCCCCAGUGUAAUACAUAGUAAUAACAUUGGGACUCAAUUCAAAACUUCAUUUAAAAUGAAAACACAAGGAAAGCCCUCUCCAUGGACGUAUGCGCCAUUCAGGCCUAAUGAGAAAAGUUCUUUCACUUUGCGUCACUGGGUAAAGGGCUCUAAAGAUCUGCUUGAUGCUGAAUCACAGGUAUCCAUGUACUCUAAAUUCAAUAUUCAUUACAAAAUCCCGCAAUUUGAUCAGCAAGAGUUUGAAAAAUUCAUGUCUGAAGAAGAUAGAAAAACUUAUGAAUUCAAAGAAAUUCAAUACCUUUUUGAUUUAUGCAGGCUCUAUGAUUUGAAAUGGAUUGUCAUUUUAGAUAGAUACGAUUUUGAGGGGAAACAAAGAAGUGUGGAGGAUUUAAAAGACAUGUUUUAUUUUGUCUGCAGAAAAUAUAUGCAACACAUAGAUCCAGAAAAUAAAGAAAUACUAAAGUUUUUAGAUUUUCCUAAAGAAAAGGAGAUUGAACGCAAACAAUAUUUAAAUAGGCUUCUAUCUAGAUCAUCUGCAGAAAUAGCAGAAGAGGAAGCUUUAGUAAUAGAGGCCAAAAGAUUUGAAAUGGCUGCUAAACGAACGUUAGCGGAAAGAGAACAAUUAUUACGUCUGCUAGAUUCUCCAACUGCCGUUGAUGAUAUAUCCAUUCAACAAUUUUUAACUUCACAUGGUAUGACCCAAUUCUAUAAUAGUUUGUUAGCAGACAAGUCUCGUAAACGUAAGUAUGAUUCAGUCGCAGAAAAUCCAUGGGUUAAACAACAGCAACAAUUCAGGAAACAGCAAAAAACAAGGAAAAUUGAAGAUGAAAGUAAAAAAGAACAAGAAAACAAAAAAAACUCUGCGAAAACAAAGAGUCAAGAUAAUCAGGAAAACAAUGGUGGCAGUAGCGGUAGUAAUGGCACUAAGAGGAGACAAGAAUCGGAAAAGGCAGUUCAACUUAUCAAUGAUCCUGUUACUAGUUUGCUACGAGAAUUUAAUAAGGAUGAAAGGAAAAGUCUUGGGAUACAUUUGUAUGAAAACAAGCUAUCACCCGGUGUUUUCUUACGCUCUACUAAAAUCAGUUCAUUCAAACCUGCUGUCCAAAAUAAAGUUCAAGUUGCUUUAAAUGAAUUGCAAAUUCCGACAAGACCAGUAAUGCCAACUUUUGACGUAGUGAAAAAACAUGAUCAGUUGUUGAAAAAAAUUACAAUACUAUUGGAUUUAAAGAAACAAGUGGAUAAAUUGGAAGCAGAAAAUAGAAUUAGAGGUUAA